UUUUUAGUGAGCUCUUAACAAUAAAGCAAGAACACAUCGACAGUGUGACAACAGGAUUCUGGUAAAUAAAGGGUGAACUACUUUAUUGUUAAUGAAGAUACAAGUCUGCACUACUAGGAAAAUAUACAUAUUGAAGAAUUGCUGCCACAAAAGCCAACUUUAGCACCACUUUCAGAGAUUACACAUUUCAGGUCAAAUAUUUGGUAAAUUUUUUUGAAAUCGUCUUUCUCAUAAACCAGCAUGGGUUUUAAGGAUUUUCAGAUGCAUUUAGUGCUUGACCCAAUAUUGUCGACAACACUUUGCUCAAUCUAUCUUUAGGUCUAUAUUAAUGCUACCGGAACUUUUCUGAAUAAAGUAAAAAGAACAGUCACAAUUUUAGUGCAAAAAUAAAUAAAUAAAAAAGAAAAACAGAAAAUAAAUCACAUACACGACAUGCUGUUGGGUGUAUUGUACUGAAAAUUCUUUAAGUUGCUCAGGACUCACUAUGGAGUGUCUGUGAGCAUAAAUGUUCAAGUCUCGUCACGAUUUAGUGUGGACUUUGAUUGGGUCAUUUUUGUCGCAUGUAAUGUAAUAUGUUAAACGAAUAUGUUAAAACUGCUGAAGUUUCACUGACAACAGCUUAUAUGUCUAGUCACGAUACACAAAGCACACUUACACAACGCAUCUCUUUCACCCAGCCAAACUCACUGCACUUACAGUAUAUAUUCAUGCAUUAUUUUCACAGAGUCACAGCCAAGUGGUUUAAUUGCCCAAUGGCACAUCAACAUGUGGUGCUAGACUUGUGCUCACAACACAAGUCUAGCUGUUUUUUAGAUGUUUUCUACUAGGACUUAACUAUAAUAAUCACCAUUAAUUUUUCCCUCUGCUCUGACCAGUUUGCCUGUCCCUGCUAAAAGAUAACAUUACCACAGCAUGAUGCUGCCAUCAUCAUCAUCAUCAUCUUGUAUCAGUAGAUGGUGUCUUCUUUUCUUCUACUGUAUUUAUGACCUCUCUGGUGUGGUUCCGGAUUUAUACUGGGAUGAAAUUACACACAGGUUGACUAAGCUACCUAAUGGAUAACUAGCUACCCAUUAGGUAGCAGCCUAACUGUCAAUGAUGGCACCAGCAUAUGGGUAUCAGACUCAGUAGUAUUUGCAAGUUACUGCAUCCGCUUUAAACAUAAGAGUCUCACUACAGGACAAAAUCCAUCCUCUUACACCAGCGCCGCAGAAAAGCUGUUUUUGUCUCUGCUUGUGAAGCCAAAAUGUCUGCGAUAUAUUGCAACACAGUGAAGAUAAAAUAUUAAUCAGCAAAGAAAAAACUCGUAUUUAAGACUAAGCACACCAAACAGUAUUUGAUAUUAUAAUGCAAUCCCCCACAUGUCAUUAUCAGCAUAAAAUUCCACAUUUGUAAAAACACCCUCACCUGCGCCCGGUUGAUUGAUGGAAACAAAGUUUUUGGUCACGUGACCAAACACCGCCUCGAUGCAAUUUACGCGAGAGACCAAAACCUCAACUGAAGUGUUGUUCUGUAACGAGCGUUUGAUUACAAACUUUUCUUGUUUAUCUUCACUGGAAAUAUGUCUCGAAUCCAGAUUUAUUACUCGGACAGGUACAGUGACGACCAGUACGAAUACAGGCAUGUCAUUCUACCUCGGGAAAUGGCUAAGUAUGUCCCAAAAUCCCACUUGAUGUCUGAAGAUGAGUGGAGACAGCUGGGAGUGCAGCAGUCCAAAAGUUGGAUCCACUACAUGAUACACGAACCAGAGCCUCAUGUCCUACUAUUUAGAAGACCUCUACCAAAACACUGACCCAGUCCUACCACUUCUCAUUGGGAAGUCGUACUGUGAGUGAUGGUUACCAUGUCGCUGCUUAAACAGUUAAAGAUAAAUAUUCUUUGUAAUUUUCCUCGUGUUUCAGGGACUUGCGAUUAGCAACAAUUGCUUCAUUCAGCCAGAAGGAAAAAAGCUGACUUAGAAUGUUUACCAAGAAGCAAUUUGGACGUAAAGAAAUAUUGGAAUGGAACACCUGACAGCCCACAUGACCAGUGGAAAGGUUGCUGUGUAGCUAAAUACUUGUAUGUGAACUCUCUAGAAGACUGCUUGAGGAAUUGUGCUGCUGUCAUACAGUUUCAGUUUUUCCAUGUUUUCUUUGCUUACAGCAUUUUCCCCCUUUUUUUGGGCACAAGAGGGUGCUAUUAUCUUUUUUAAAAUUCAAAUGGAAACAUCUUAAACAGCAACUUGUGCAGAAGUAUUGUCCAGGUCAACUGCAUUUCUUUGGCCCAGAUGAACUUUAGCUCAAUGCAAAGUUUCUAAUGUGAAAAACAACAAUAAAGCCUCGCCACAAAGUAUUUUCCCCUUACGGAAUAGUCAUCAUUCUUUAAAUCUAUAAUCCAUUUCUUUAAUAAUCAGCAUCUGUUUUGCCAAUUAGAUUCUAGGAAACAGUUGUCCUGUUCCAAUGCUGUAAUAGAUCUACAAGAAGAAGUCCUUGGGUAAUAAAUUAUUCAGGUGGAAGAAAAUGCUUUUUGUGGAAAAUGCUGAUGUGGUACACUGUGAUUCAGCAGAGUUGGAACUUGCCGAGCUGCAGGAUUCAUUCAAAUAAGUGCCACUGUUGCAAUAUUUCAGUGCACAAUUACAAGUAAAAGUUUCUCUUUUAAAAAAAGAACCCUACUUUGAUAGAUUAUAUUAUAAAAUCAUAAAUACUGAAGAAGCAUUAGUGUUAAUUACAUAACAUAAAUCUGCUCAGUGAGGUAAAAAAAAAUCCAGACCCCCACAGGACUUAUCCAAAACAUGCCUAAAAAAACUUCUAUUAAAGUACUGUAUGAUAAAGUUUAGAUAGCCUUGUGCCUAAGGUGCCUUGCAAUAGCAUGUAUACCCCAUUCAGUGUUUUGUUCUAAGGUAAAAACUAACUUUGUUGGGUUUUUACAGAAAUACUGGUUUUCAGUAUUUCUGUAAAAACCAGCAGUUGCUCAAC